GGAGCUGCAAACCCAGUUCUGCUCGGCUGCCAGGGUAUAGGGCAGUGGGAGAGCCAAUCAACGAAUCGCGCAGCGCUCUCUUUAAGCCUGACAUAUCUCCAACAGGAACAAAUUGUCCCAACAAUCAACAUCCGAAUCUCCCGUGCGCAUCAGGGGUGGAGUGGAUAUUGUCCGGACGCCGGAUUGCACUGGGUUCUGGAACACAAUAACAAACCAGUGAAGAAUAUAUAGACAGAAAAACAGGAUAUCGUCGUUGGGCUGGGGAUUGAGACCCGACAUCAUGUCAAUACUACCUUCGUUUGGGUUUACCCAGGAGCAAGUCGCCUGCGUCUGCGAGGUCCUGCAACAAGGAGGUAACCUGGAGAGGCUCGGUCGUUUUCUCUGGUCUCUCCCAGCUUGUGACCACCUCCACAAGAAUGAAAGUGUACUGAAAGCAAAGGCGGUGGUCGCCUUUCACCGAGGGAACUUCAGAGAGCUAUAUAAGAUCCUGGAGAGCCACCAGUUUUCCCCGCACAACCAUCCCAAGCUGCAGCAGCUGUGGCUGAAAGCGCACUACGUGGAGGCGGAGAAAUUGCGCGGCCGACCGCUUGGAGCCGUGGGGAAGUAUAGGGUAAGAAGGAAAUUCCCUUUGCCCCGCACAAUCUGGGACGGCGAGGAGACCAGCUAUUGCUUUAAGGAGAAGUCCAGGGGUGUUCUUAGAGAGUGGUACACGCAUAACCCCUAUCCCUCCCCGCGAGAGAAAAGGGAGCUGGCCGAGGCCACGGGACUGACCACUACGCAGGUCAGCAACUGGUUCAAAAACAGACGCCAGAGAGACAGAGCCGCAGAAGCUAAAGAAAGAGAAAACAGCGAAAACAACAACUCCGGUAACAACAAACAGAACCAGCUGUCUCCCCUCGAUGGCGGCAAGUCGCUCAUGUCCAGCUCGGAAGAUGAGUUCUCUCCACCACAAAGCCCUGAUCAGAACUCUGUGCUUUUGCUCCAAGGAAAUAUGAGUCACCCCGGCGUCUCCUCUUACCCUAUGACGGGUCUCGGUGGCGCACAGCCGGUGCAUGGAAUGCACGGACACCCGCACCAACUCCAAGACUCGUUGCUGGGACCUCUAACAUCGAGCCUUGUGGAUCUAGGCUCCUAAAGGCAAACUGAUACUAUCUUUUAAAAGACUGAUAACUCUACCAGCUUGAGUACAUAUAUGAAAUUACACUAUGGUACCUUAUAACUAGACUGACCUCUGUCUGUCGUUAAAUUUGGUUAGAACUAUAACGCAAUUAUUUUAUGCGCUUAUCCUGACUUAGGAGGUACCCUCCUUCCCGUGAAAAUACAAUCAAACCCCCUUUUACGAACUCUUAAGUCAACGAGACACUUAAACUGGACUGCCCUUUUGCUUAAUUUAUGAUAUUUUUUGUUCAGAUAAAAUUUAUAGCAACCUCCUGCUAUGGAAACUAAGAAGCGACGUUUUCAUUAAAAUCCUAUUAGUUUCCAAUAAAACAAAAAGAGACGUCAAUUUGUUUAAUGUGUAUUAUUUGUAUGUCCAGUCAAUAAAAUAAAUAGCAUUAUAUCAUAGCCUAUAUUCAUCCCUCAAAGAUAUGUAGAGCAUAGAGAACAAAUAUGGGCUAUAAUAAACCAAAACAUUUUGGGCACGUUUUCUUCCUUGGUAUAGCAUUGAGCCAUCUACAUUUUACGCACGUCCAUGAUAGCAAACAAUACAAAAUAUCUGUUCAACUUUUGGGCAGGGUGUAUUCGAAAAGCACAUUUAGUUUCUUAGGCCUCUAUGUCACCAUUUGGAUGGAUAGAAAUCACGGUCAAAGUUCUCUGUUUAACUCUCCAGACAAAAUGGACAUAUUUAAUCUUUCCUUGAAAUUGUUGCUUUAAUUUUCACCCAACGUGGAAUUUCAGAUAUGUUAAUGGAGUUAAAACUCUAAACAUGAUCGAUUCAGAAUAACAACAAAACAUCCGGAUUGGGAACUGUAAAAUGUGGGGCCCAAACUGUUAUAAUUCGUUAAAAAAAAGGACCACGAGGUAUGCACAACAAAGUCGUUUUGUCGAUGAUAUUUAAAGCCAUGUUUUGCCCAAGGCGAAGAAGCCUGGUUCUCGCCCGUGCUCCAUGAGCGCUGCGGAUCAUUACGUCUGUGUUGCGGUGUUUACUUUGCUCUCUCCAAGUGUUUGUUCUGUCGGUUCUGGGCCACGGAAAAGCAACACCAUCUGCGGAAGGCGUGAUUUUACAUUAAUCUGUAGCCUACUACGAAGAACAAAUAAACCUCGAAAUUGAUUUAUGUUUUUUAAAUACUCCCUCCUUCAUCCUUGUUCAACAUCAUGCACAACUUUUAGAAUUACAAUACAAUUAGUAUUGAACCCUGUUAUCACUCAUGUUAUGGGCUAACUAUCCUAUAAUAAUGAUGGGAUUUGAAAGCUCAAUGAUAAAACCACCAUCACCAACAACAAUAAUAACAACAGUAGCCUAAUCUGCUUCUUAUUGUAGUUAUUAGCAUAUUACUAAAAUUGUCUUAUAAUAAUACAAACAACAUACAAAUAAUAACACUACUGUAAUAAUAUGAAUAAUUGCUGUUGCAAUCAUUGUCAUUCGAAUAUAUCGAAUAGGCAAAUUUAAGACUGAUUUGUAUAGGGUCUACAGCCGCGUUAGGCUGUAAAGCAAUCCUCAAAGGACAACAACAUUUAUAGCGUACUUUAUGGGCCAAAUAUCUGCGUCAUAUUUUGAAAAAUGUCUCACUUGCACUCCAAAAGUUUCUGGUAACAGAGGACAACUCCUCUGCCCCCCUACCCCUUCGGCUCAUGUCAGGGUAAAUUGUUUUGAACAGAGAGCACGGAGGAUUUCCUGGGCCUAAUCUGAACCAGUUGCUGCUAGCAUUAGAUCCUGAUUGCCAAGAUUGCAGGGCUAUGCCCGGCUAUAGCACAAGGAACCCUGGCCUGGGGCAGUCUGCAUCCCAGAGGCGGUUGUCAUUUGGGACUGUUUCUUAACCUAUCAUGACCACCAACCUACCAUGUCUACCAAAUACAGUGGAGUGAAUAUUUACCAUUUACAGCCAUGCAGUUUAUAUUUUUAAGUGAUGCGGUUGUUACAUUUUGAAUAGUUUUCUAAUAAUAUGUUAUACUACCCCUACAGCUACCAUACUACUAAAAUAAACUUGAAACUAGUUAUGUCUUGGGAUUCCCUGUAUAUAAAUAUAUCCUUUGAAUCUAAUAUGCAGGAACAUUUGGACCUCAUUUGAACUCUAAAUAAAGCAGGAACCUGUUAUUUUAUCAACCCCACUGUAUUUGACUUACAGGAGACACAUAAACAAGUCUGUCUCAAAAAAGUGCCAGGGACUCAAAUGUAGGUUAGGAAUUUUCUGCACUCUGCCUCCCACUCACAAAUAAUGUGUAGAACACCUUUGAUUGACAAAAUAGACUCUUUAGACCAAAUUUGCACAAAAUCUCCCAUGUGACUGCAGGCAGAGAAAAAAUAUAGCCUGAUUGGCUAACAGCCAAUAACAAAGGCACCAAAGUGAAUGUGCCAGUAAAUCUAGGGACAAUAUGUCUGGUAAAGGAUGGACACACGAGAGAUUACUAUGUGCCAUACAGGAAUUAAGCCAUCAAUGUCACCUCUACAGGGGUGGAAAUAGAAUAUGAAUUCAAUCUCUUGCGGAAACUCCAACAAGGCUUUUAAUCAUGCCUGAAUUCCACACUUCGGAUCCCAACCGAACACGGUGCGUUCACACUGGACAGUUAACAUGGAUACACGCAUAAACUGUGAGUCUACUGUAUUUGGCACACAGAGCAUUCCUCCGUUCAGUUCUACACGUGGAGCCAUGGUGCAGCAGUGCAGCAUGUGUAGGAGAAAUAGACCUAAGCCUCAGGCACUGGGCUCCUUCAUUAGAGCUGAAUGUGAUGUGCCAUCAGGUUCACUGUGAGCUGACUAGAGCCAAUAAGAGCAGCUGCUAAUGGACAACAGAGUCGUCAGAAGGGCAUUUUGUUUUUCAUGGAUAUGACUUGCAGUGGCAUUAAAUCAAUGGCAGGAAAGACCUUGUCGGGUGUAAAUAAACAUAUAGAGAGUAAAUUAAAGGCCGCAGUCUGUUCUAAAGCGUG